GCUGUUCACUUUUCUGAAGGAAAUCGUUGGGCGCAGAUAGCAAUUUUUUCUGAGAUUUGCUAAAAAAUUGAACGCAGUUGCUUUUUCCGGCUCUUAUAGUAUUUAAAAUUUUUUUUGUUUAGAUAAAGAAUUUAAUUUCAAAAUUUUCAGUCAUCUAAAAUGUAUCUUACUAAAUUGAAUAACGUUGGUCGCCGACUGGUUCCACUGGUGCUGCGGUCAACGCAGAGUACAACUCGCGCUAUUAGCACCACCAUAGCAAAGGCAGAAAUAUUUCAGGUGCAAAGUGCUGAAGAUUUCGAAAGUAAAGUUAAAAAGAGUGACAAGCCAGUAAUAGUGGAUUUUUUUGCAACAUGGUGCAACCCAUGUAAAAUGUUGACUCCACGCAUUGAAACGGUCGUUGGUGAAAAAGCUGGUGCAAUAAAUUUGGCUAAAGUAGACAUUGAUGAGCACAGUGAUUUGGCACUUGAUUAUGAUGUUGGCGCUGUACCAGUCUUGCUGGUAAUGAAGGAAGGCAAAGUGAUAAAUCGUAUGGUCGGUUUGCAGGAUACCGACAAGAUUCGCGCGUGGAUUGAUAAAGCCGUGGAAGAAGCCAAAUAAUUUGCGAACAACAGCUGAAGGAGAUUGGUGUACAAGUUUGUGGUUCCAUCCCCCCCAAAGAACAGUGUUUGCAAUUGAAUAAAAGAAUUAUCAGAUUCGAGUAUUGCCGAUUACGUUGAACCUUGUUAAAUAUAAAUUAAAUUAAUGCGCUUUAUUAACGGAA